AUGCCGUGCAUUAACAACCCGGUUUUCUAUAACGGAGCUUUCUACUGCUUAGAUUAUAAUGGUAUGUUAGGAGUUUUUAGUUUGGAAGGUGGUGUCAGUUGGAAAGUACUCUCGAAGUCCUUGAAACAAUUCAGUGGCUUUUAUCCAAGUUAUUUGGUGGAGUGUGAUGAAAAGCUAUUAUUAGUGAAUAUAGGACAGAGUGGAAAAUUGGUAGAGAUUCAUAGAUUGGAUGAUGAGGAGAUGGUUUGGGUUAAACUGAACAGUUUGGGAAAGCGUGCGUUGUUCAUCAACUAUACAUCCAGUUUUUCAGCAGUCGCUCCACGGAGUUGCAUGGAGAACAAUAUCUACUUCCCUAAGUUAUACGCUGAAAAGGUUUUGUACUAUUCUCUUGAUACAUGUAGGUAUCGUUCUGUUGGGAGUCACCAACACUCUUCGCAAGAUUUUCACCGUACAAAGGAAAGAUCAAACUGCACUUGGAUUGAACCUAACUGGUCUCUAGCGAGUAUAUUUAUAGAGUCUGACUUCUCAUGCUUUCCAUUUAAAAGCCAGUACUAG